UCUCCAAGCACGAGGAUGUUCAAAAGAAGUUAUUCGAAGAGAUCUCAAGUAUUAUUGAAGAUGUUCAAUGCAUCAGUACUAAAGAUAUAAAUGCAAUGGAAUAUAUGGAAUGCGUGGUUAAAGAAGGUCUUCGUUUAUACAGUCCAGUAAUUGAUAUAGAACGCAAGUUGGAUUAUGACGUCGAAGUUGAUGGUUCCAUCAUACCAAAAGGCACGAACAUAAACAUAUUCAUAUUCCAGCUGCAUCGCUCCGAACAGGUGUACAAAAACGCAUUGAAAUUUGACCCGGAUCGAUUUUCCGCUGCCAACAUGGAUGGACGAGACCCUAUGGCUUUCAUUCCUUUCGGUUUUGGGAUCAGGAAUUGCAUGGGAUGGAAAUUCGCCAUGAUUCAGAUGAAGUGUCUCCUGGCCAAAAUUAUCUACAAUUACAGAAUGCAACCUUUGUCGCAACACUUCGAACUUCAAUUGUAUAGCGAUAUUUUUCUGAAAUCCAAGAACGGCUUUCCCGUUAACCUCUCAAGAAGAUGAUUUGUCUCUUCAAACCAUAUCUAAAAACUCACUAAUAAUAAUUGUGAAUACGGCCAAUAGUUAUUUGUAUAUGCGUUUCUUUUGUAGUCAAUAAGUGUUACAAGAUACAA